AUGAACUUUUUAAAGAGAUUUGAUUAAUUUGGAGUGUCAUAUUAAUAAGAGAUAUUUAAAAAUGAAAAACAAUUUAAAAGUGCCUUUGGUGGAAUAACAUCUCUCUUAUUGUACACCUUAAGUAUGGUGUAUUUUUUUUAUAAAUUGUUUCUUUGGUUAAAUGGAGAUAUUUUACCAAGAGUUUCAAUUCAAAAGACAACAUAAAAUUAUGCUGAUGUAUCUUUUGAAUAUAAUCCAAUUAUUUUUUAAGUUGUAGGAAUGAGUGGAGAUAAUUUUAUUGAUCCAUUUUCUAAAACUGAAAAUAUCAUUACACCUUAUUUUUCUUAUGUUGAUGAUAUUGUGAUUUCUAAGAAAUAAUUGAUGUUAGAUUCUGGAAUACCUCCUACUAGAAAUGGAAUUUCAACUUCUAUUACUCCUUAAGAUAUAACAUUGGUUCUUAAUCAAUAAGGUGUUAGUUAAGAAUCUCCUAAAACUUAAAGAUAAUUAAUGAUUUUAUUUGAAUAAUGUGAUAGUUCUUAAUAUGAUAAUUGUGCUAAUAAAGAAAAAUAAGAAUAAUUCUUUAAACAACCUUUAAACACAUUUUUCUUGACUAUAUAAAUGUAAUAAUACAAUACUAAAUUGAAAGAUUUUGAAAUGAUUUCUAAAUAAAUCUACUUUAUUUUGGAUAAAGAAACUGCUCUAUACACUCAAUUAUUGUUUAAAAUAACAACAUCAAUUACAGAUACAGGUUUCUUUUUAGAAUCAAUCGAAAACUAAAAACUUAUUAGUGAUUUUUAAACUACAUCUUAAUAAUUACCUUAGAGUAAUUUUGAAUAGAGUUUUGGAAAUAAAUAUCUUGGAUUAUUCUUAAUUGGAAUAGAUAGUUUAUCUGAAACACAAUAAAUUAUUUAUCCUAAAUUAGGAGAGAUUCUAGCAGAUGUAGGUUCUAUCAUGUCUACACUUAUGAUGUUAAAAUUAAUAGUCAUUUAAAUAAACUCAAAAAUUUUAGAAGAUACUUUAUUAAAAACAAUCAUUAGUUAUUAUUAUCCAGAAAUAUAGUAAGUUUAAUUCAAAAGUAACUUUUUUGGUAAAAUAACAAGUAUUUCUAAGAAUGGUAAAUAGAUUUCAGAUAUUACUUCUUUUAUAAGGUUUUAUGAUUAAUUAAAAGAUAAUACAAAAGAAAAAUUAACCCUACUGAAUUAAAUAUAUGAAGUCUCAAGAAUUUAAUUUAUUCUAUAAUCAAUUUAAUCAAAAUAAGCAUUUAGACAGAGUCAUUUUGUAGGUAUACGACUAUAGAAUAAUAAUAUGGCAAAUCAGUCAUAUUAAAUUGAUUAUAAUGAAGGAUCAAUUAAUGCUCCCAAAAUAUUUUUGAAAUCAUCUGAAAAAAGUAAAGAUGAAAAGAAUGAAAUUAUUGUUCCUUAAAAUAAUAAAAAUCAACCAGAAACUAUUGAAUCUUUAAAAUAAGUUGAGAUUUUAACAGAUGAAGAUUUUACUAUAUUAUCUCAUAUAAAUCAUUUGAAAAAAUAAAUAGAAGACUAAGAUAAGACUAUUCCAAUCUUUUAUCAAAUUAAUACAAUAUUUAAUUGA